AUGCAAGAGUGGCUUGCAGACAAGUACAACUACAUAUCCGAAGGCUUGCGACAUGCUUCUAAUGUGAUUUUUCAAUUUGAAUCUCGAGAAAAAUAACCUUUUUUUGAAGGAUGAAUAUAUUUGGAUGAUAAUCGUCGGGACCAUUCUGGCUUAUAUUCUUGGAUUUGCAAUGGGAGCAAAUGAUGUUUCCAACGCAUUCGGGACGUCUGUCGGUGAAUCAUUGUCAAAAAAUCUUACCAUCUGGUUAGAAUUCCAGCAAUAAGUUUCGAAUUCGAUGUUAGGUUGGCCCCUAUAGGGGUUAGGGGGGAAAACAGCCCAUAUAGGAGCCAAAAAGUGGUCCCUAUAGGGGUUUAGGGUCUGACCCAUAGCCCCUAAAGCUAAAGUGAUCCCUAUAGAGGUCGUUGGAAUUUAUUAAAAAGGUUAUUUUUUUAGUUUUCCGCAUGGAAACGCUUCUUCGCAUAGAAUACAUAAAACUGUCGAUUAGGUUGGUAAAGUGGUCCCUAGAGGGGACCCUGCAAGAUUCCAAAGGUUGCCCGUAAAGGGAUUACUCUGGAGUUCCUGAAAAAUAGAAAAAAAAAUGGAGACAUCAGACUUUUCUGAGUUUGUUUUUUUUUCCGAUAAUUACGUUCUUGUACUUUUUUUAUGAUAAAGUUUGAGGAUUUGAAAAAAAGUUAUCAUGAACCUUAAGGAAGUCGAGCCUUGUCACUCACCCAAGCCUACAUCCUCGCUUCGAUUUUCGAGGCCUUGGGAGCUAUUAUAAUCGGUUUGACUUCGAAUUAUUACCUAAAAAUUUCCUAUUAAGGCAUGCUGAAAUGAAAAAAAAAGCUUUUUACUCAAAAAAAGGGGGAGGGGGGACCGAACUUGUGACCCUUUGAACCAUAGACAGGCACACAACCUGUUGCUCCACGGAGUGAUGGAUUUUCCUUCAUAUUUGUAUAUCUAUCUGGCUAUAUUCUUUCGAAUAAUGAAAAAACUGUUAUCGCACAGCUUUACGCUCCCUAUAUUAACUGCUGAAAAACAAACUUUCUCUUCAGGCUACAACGUGAUCGACACGGUCCGAAGAAGUAUCUAUGAUGUUGGAAUUUACGAAUCUGAGCCGGUUUUGUUCAUGUUGGUGCAGAUUGCCGUCCUCGGUGGUCAGUCGAUGCGCAGCCAAUUUUGGGUUUUUAACUUUGUAUCGCAGGCUGUUCCUUAUGGCUUUUACUGGCGACGGCGCUGAAAAUGCCCGUUUCCGCGUCGCAUUCCUUGGUUGGAGCCAUUCUCGGCUCGACUUUGGCUUGCAAAGGAUUUCGAGGCAUCUACUGGGAAAUGCUGCUUUAUAUUGGUCAGUUGCGAAAAAAGGGGAAACUCCUGGGAAAGUUUGGCACAAGUUUGCUCCAAGGAUAAAGUUGAGAAAAAAUCGGGCGUUGAUAACGCGUAACGGACGUGCUCCGGACGUUUCUAGGGAUCACUUAAGAGUGCUGACGUUACUAAAGUGGUCACUAGGGAUGUUCUGACUCGUCCGAUUCGAGUUAUAGCUGAUUCGCGGCUGGCUCGAGCCGUCGAAAAAAGGGUCCUGACACGAUAAUGCACGAGAUAGCGCCUGGCCCGUGGAGAGCGCAGACAGGCCACGCCCCCUUAGCGUCCCAAGCUAGCCGUGAAUCAGCUAUAUCAAUGUCCGAGUAUGUCAUAUGUGAAGAAAAAAAAAAAAAUAGCCUUAAAAAGAUGGAAAAGUGCGCCCCAAGGCUAAACAAUUUUGAAAGUGCUCCAAGUAACUUUAUAUUUCUAAAGAAUCGAUCAUUUUUUCGCCAUUCAAUAAUUAUUGGUAGCAAUCGAUCCAUUCAGUGGGUUCCUGGUUCCUCUCCCCGGUCCUCGCCGGACUCACUUCCAUCACGAUUCUUCUCCUCAUUGAGCAUAAUAUCUUGCAAUCUGUGAGUUGAACAAUCGUCCUACAUUUUUAUUUCUCUCAAUUUUUCAGAGGGACCCCGUCAAUAGGGCUCUAUUUUGUUCUCCGUUUAUCGUUUUCGCCUGUUUCGUAGUCAAUGGCUUCAUUGUCCUCUUAGGCGGUUCUAAAAGUGAGAUCUUCUGAUUUUUUUUUUUACGAAGAUCAAUCUUGGAAAAAGUGUUUCAGAUGCUCUGACAAGGUUAAAAAAAUUCAUGAAAAGUUUUAAAAAAUUGGAAUUCUUUGUUCGUUGGAGCAUAAAAGACGCAAAAUAAACCGCGUUAUAGCGACAAUAUUGACGCUGCAUCGCGACAAGAGCCAGGCGAUAUCGCGGGACAAUCGCCGUUAAACCGCGAUUGUCAUUUUCAAAACUUAUCGGAGUGCUAAAACUAUAAUUUACCGUACUUAAGAAUUCCAAAGUGGUCCCUAGAGGGGUUAGGGGAAAAACAGCAUCUGUAUGGGAUACAAAAGUGGUCCCUAUAGGGGUUUAGGUUCUAACCCUUAGUCCAUGAAGCUGGAGUGACCCUUUUAGGGUUAAGAGAAAUAAAAGCCCUUUAUAGGGACAAAAAAACGGUCCUUAUAGGGGUUUAGGGUCUGACCCCUUAGUCCAAGAAGCUGGAGUGUCCCCUAUAGGGUUAGGGGAGAAAAGUAGCCCCUAUAGGGACCACUCUAGAGUUGCUAAGUAGAGCCUUAUGAAAACAUCGUUUCGAGACCCCGAAAUUUCAAAUACGAGAAUUUAGCGCGUCAAACACGAGAAGAUCCAAAAAAAACUUUAUUUUUUCUCAGUCCUGAACACUCCAUCACUGUCGAUUUGGGUCUGCAUUCCGAUUUGUACGACGAUCGCCGUACUUGCUGCUUCCUUCUACUACUACCUCAUAUUGCCCCAAAUUCGGAAUAAGAUUGACGGUACCUUUUUUCAGCCAAACUCAAGCAAUCUUUCUUCAGAAAUGAUCAUUCUGGAACCCCUCAUUUUCAAAAAGGAUGAUCUAUCCUCGGGCGUCUCCCCGUCGGUGAAAGAAAUCACCGACGGAUUCUGCCAUCCGCCGAGAUAUUUCCGACGAAAGUUGGCCGGCAGAGACUCGGACAGCAGUUUCGAAUACACUGAAACGCCGACGAGUAGCGAUUCUGAGGGUUCUGGACUCUUCGGAGGCUUCUGGAGGAACUUGAUGCCGAAAAAGGACUUGGAGAUCGACACGAGGGUCAUGAAGGCCUUCGUCGGUCUGCAAGUGAUGAGCGCCUGUUUCGCUGGCUUCGCCCACGGUUCGAACGAUGUUUCGUAAGAUUUGUGGAUAAUAAACUGGAUACGGAAGGUUCUCAGAAAUGCGAUCGGACCGUUGACAACUCUGAUGAAUGCCUAUCGAGAGAAGGACUUCCAGCAGAAGCAUGAAACUUCGAUCGAUGUGGGUCCUGGUGUUUUUUACCUUUCAGAGAGGGAAUAUUUUUUUAAUUGUUGGAUGAUUUUUCCAUGAAGACAGUCUACAUAAAAAGCACUGAACUUGCAAAAAGAGUUUGAAAAUUACUCCGAGAAGCCUCCAAAAGUUGUUUUUUUCCUGCUUAAUUUUUUUAAAAUAAUAGUUCAGAAUUACUACUAAAAAUUGAAAUAAUUUCCCUCAGGUCCUUUUCUUUGGAAUCUGCUCGAUUUGUGCUGGUCUUUGGGUCCUCGGCCACCGAGUCAUUUUGACUAUCGGUUUGGACAUGACCGAAAUGAAUCCAGUCACGUAAGAUUUUUUUGUUUGAUCAAAAAAAUUUAUCAUUUUCUAACAAAUCUAACAUCAAAUCUUAACCUUGUAAAAUCUGUUAAAAUAGUUUUUCUUCAUUAUAAUUUAAAAUAAUUCGUCACCGCAUACCUUGAAUAGAAGAGACUAGGAAAAGAAUACUACACUUUUUUUUUCAAGAUCUCGAUCUCAAAGUGAAAAUCAAUACAAAGCUGCUAAUAUCCGCAAAGAAAAAAUGGAAAUGUAAUAUUUCAGAGGCUUCGUCAUGGAAUUUGGAGCAGCUACAACCACGAUUCUCGCCUCAAAACUGGGCCUACCUAUCAGCACUACUCAUUGCGUGGUAAUUUUUAAAAAUUGAACAAAAAAAUCUUCGAAAAGGUUAUAUAGAAUAACCAAUCGAGAAUGCUCACAAACUUUGCUAGAAACAUUUUUUGCUCAUAAAUUUCAACUCAGUAGGCUUAAAACAAAUUUCGCUACAUGGUUAAUGUUCGCAAAAACGAAAUUACUUUUUACACUUUUUUAAAUAGAUUUUUCCGUUUUGAAUGUUUUUUUCUGUAUAACAAAGUACUCACGUCGAAUUUGAAAAAAAUAAAUAUUUUUUUAACCUCGUAAUAAUAGUAAUUUUUUUAUGUUUCAAAAGAUACCAGGGAAAAAUCAAAAAAAUUAUUUACUAAAAUUAUCCAUAGAGCGCAUUUUCAACAGACUUCUCGGCUCACUCAAUUAAAAAUUCUUUUUCUAAGCCCCAUUGAGAAAUUUUACAUAAAAUAACUUCACAAAAAAAGAAUGAAAUGCUCUAGAUCGGCGCUGUCGUUGCCGUGGGUUGGGUGAAAAGCGAAACCGGCGUUGACAUAAAAGUUAUCAAGCAGAUCGCGGCCUCCUGGCUAGUCACCGUACCUGUUUCUGGUUUAUAACAAAUUACCGAAGAAAAUGAUUUUUUUUUUCCAGGGAUCUUCGCUGGAAUCAUCAUCCUUAUCCUACAAGCCACCGUUUAUAAAAAGUUCUACUUUUUUUAA